UUUUGUCAGUCUGUCUGUUGUAGCAACUGAGUAGCUGCUCCAACGGGAAGACGUGGUCGUGGAUACAGUGUUUUUUCAAUGCCUGAAAGCUGAUUUCCUCCUGAGCACAUCAGACUGUGAAAUAUGAAUACAGAUAUGCAGGUCGAGCUGGACUCGAUCGAGGCCGAGCUGGACACAGUGGAACUGCAGCUCGCAGAGAUCCUGCAGAAAAAGGCUGAGCUCACUUCUCGGAAGAAUGCCCUGCUGCAGCAGCUGGAGGAGGCCUGUGACACUGCACAGCCUUUAUCUUCUUCUGCCUCAAAGGCAUCUGAAGCCAAGCCAGCGAUGAGCAAGCAGGAAAUGCAACGAUAUGAUGGCACAGAUUUUCCAUGGUCCAGCAACGUGGAGCAGCACCUGAAGGCCACAUUCCAUCUCUCUAACUUCAGACCUUUGCAGCUGAAAGCCAUCAACCUGACCAUGUCAGGCAAGGACCUGUUCCUGGUCAUGCCCACAGGAAGAGGGAAGAGUCUCUGCUAUCAGCUUCCUGCAAUCUGUUCUAAUGGCUUUACACUGGUCAUCACUCCACUUGUAUCCCUGAUGGAGGACCAGUUGAUGUACCUGAAGACUAUUGACGUGUCGGCAGUCAUGCUCAAUGCAUCCAGUAGCAGAGAGCAUGCUAAGACGGUCAUGGCUGGAAUGACAGAUCCAAAGGCCCCCUUCAAGCUGGUGUACGUGACUCCAGAGAAAAUUGCUAAGAGCAAGCUCCUAAUGUCUCGUCUGGAGAAAGCCUACAAAGCAAACCUCCUGAAUCGUAUUGCUGUUGAUGAGGUGCACUGUUGCAGCCAAUGGGGUCAUGACUUCAGACCAGAUUAUAAGAUGCUAGGCAUCCUGAAGAGGCAGUUCCCCAAAGUGCCCCUCCUUGGCCUCACAGCCACAGCAACCAGUAGUGUCCUGAAAGACUGCGAGAAGAUCCUGUGUGUGCCACAGGCAAUCACGCUCACUGCUUCCUUCAAUCGAACUAAUCUCUACUAUGAAGUUCGUAUAAAGGAUUCUGUCAGUGAAGCAUCAGUAAAUGACAUAGCUGCUCUGAUCAAGAGUAAAUACAAGGACCAAUCAGGAAUUGUGUAUGUAUUCUCUCAGAAGGAUGCAGAGUUGGUGUCAGCAGAACUCCAGAAAAGAGACAUCUUGGCAUAUCCUUACCAUGCAAACAUGGACUCUGAGGACAAGUCCCGGGUUCACCGCAAAUGGACCUCCAACAAAAUUCAGGUUGUGGUAGCCACUGUGGCAUUUGGCAUGGGCAUUGACAAGCCUGACGUCAGGUUUGUCAUCCACCACACCAUCAGCAAGUCCAUUGAGAACUACUACCAAGAGAGUGGACGGGCAGGUCGAGAUGACUCUCCGGCUGACUGCAUUGUCUAUUUCGGCUUCGCUGAUAUCUUCAGGAUCAGCACCAUGGUGGUGAUGGAGAAUGUUGGUCAGCAGAAAUUGCUACAGAUGGUAGAUUACUGCCAGAAUGUUAACAGGUGUCGGCGCUCUCUCAUGGCAGUUCACUUUGAUGAAGUGUGGGAUGAUGAAGGAUGCAACCAGAUGUGUGACACUUGCAGUCAAGCAAAAGAUUACCCCACUGUGGACAUUACCCAACAUGCCAGGCAAGUGGUGCAGAUUGUGGAGCUUGCAGCCUCCAUGGAUGAGAAACUGACCCCACUGAAACUGGUGGAUGCAUGGAUGGGGAAAGGCCCUGCAAAGCACAGGAAGAUGAUUCAGACCACCACGCUGUCUCGGCGACAGGCUGAAGUUGUGAUUGUUCACCUGCUCCUGCAGGGAUACCUCAGAGAGGAUUUCAGCUUCACACCUUACACCACCUACUUCUACAUGAAGCUGGGCCGCAAAGCUUCUCUGCUGAAGAACCCGACACACACACUGAGCGUGAAGAUGAGAGAUGCAGGGGCCGGAACUGCUUUGGUAAAAGUCUCCAGUGGCAAGGGCAAAUCCAAAGAGGGAAAGAGAUCAGUUCAGAGCUGUGGAGAUGCCACUGUGUCCAAGAAAAUCAAGACACAUCUCCCAUAGCCCUCUCUCACCUGCCCAGAGGACAAGUUUACAAAGACACCUCAGCUGUUAAAGUGAAUGAAGAGGAUGUCAAUAUGACCUUAGACUCCACUGUUGUGGAGGACAGCUGUCCCCCACAACCUAAACAGAUAAUAUUUAAAGAAAAGAGGAACGUAUCGAGAAGACAAGACCUGAAGCCAGUCAGCCAGACAAACAAGCAGAUGGCGAGACCGGACAGAUAUGGGAAGGCAGAGGAAAAGAAGAAUAAACCUAUCAUAUUUCAACAUAUAAUUGAGGCGGAUGUUGAAAUGAACAGAGUACAUCAUGUAGGAAUCAGUGAUUGUCAGAAAACACCGUCACAUUCAGAUAAACCUUGUUCCAGUUGCAAAUCCAGCACCCCUCAGAGAAUGCGAAGGAAAGCUUGUGCUCACACAGCAGCAGCCACAGGGCAUGUUCCCUGUCCAUCCACCCAUAUCACUGUGCCUAGCUCUCCUUCCCAGACCUCCAUCAUCUCUGACACAGCAGCUGAGGAGCUCUGCGACCUCAGGAAUUAUUAUGGCGAACAGCUGAGGAGAAUAAACUACAUUUCCCACGAGUACUUGGGGCAGCCCACACAUCCAGGAGUGCUGGCCUGUAUCAGGGAGCCUUUGAAGAGCCUCCGCCUGCCCCGUGGACUGAUCAUUGCCCAGACAGCUCGAACCCUGUGGACACGCAUCAGUGGCAGGAGAAAGCUGGUCCGCUGCUGACUUUUGUUACUGUUUAAAUAUAAAAAUAAAAUGAACUUUGUUUGGA